UCUGCGGUGGAGAACGAAGUACUAUUACUAUUUGCAAAAGCUAGCAUAUGGCCAGUAAACAUCUAAAUGUUUGUGUAUGCUGAGAUAUGGAUGUGCUGGCGCUCAGUGAUGAUGCGAAUUCCGAGCUAAGCGAUUAUACGAAAGUGGCGACGAGUCCAUGGCCUUUAUCGCAAGACCAUAAACCGGCCUUGAAAAAAUGUGUUCCUUAUCAUAACAGAGUGAGUAGGGAACGGGUCAGGUUUUGUUCGGUUCCUACCGUAGAAGGUCAGAUCCCCGCUGAAUCACUCCGAGAUUCCAGCGGUACUUCUCCGGGCAGCGUGAGGACCACCAGAAGCCCAAUAUCGUUGUCGUUGUAUCGCAAUGCGGACGGUACCAUAUUCCCAAAAAGUUCAGCACUGCGCCUAACAACGCACAGGCUGACUGUAGAAAGCGAUGGGAAGGAAGAUAGUCGGAGUCCUAGGAGCCCAUCUUCACCGUCGGCUUCGACAAGCCGGCAUAAUUCUUUUGCAAUGGUAGCGGAAAAUGGCGAUAAUUCUUUUGAUGGGAGAACUGUUUCGCAGGAUUGUAGCAGUCCAAAAGGCGGAGGUCGACAUAUACAAACACGAGAGCUGGCUCCCUCGGAAAAAAUAGGUGAUGCUGAGCUGCGUCGAGAGGUGUCGGACUUUAUUCGAUUUGCAAAACGGGGGAACAUUUCAAACGGGAAAAAAAAAAACCAAUUGGCUCUCGAGGGUCCAAAAGAGCCUUCGCUGUCCGAAGUCACCAGUUCUGUGCAGGGUUUUGCCGCUACGACGUGGCAUCAUAUUAUGAGAGGAAUGCGCACACUUGUCGGGAUUGUUUUCAGACACCGAAAAGAUAGCCAUUUCAACACUGCUGACUUGAGCACCAUGUGGGUGAAUCCUUCCAAUGCUAAAGAUUUUGAGAUUACUCCCGGCUGUCUUCAGAUGCGCCAUAAAAUUGGCGCAGGAAGUUACGGAGUGGUGUAUCUUGUCGAGCACAAGAAAACGUGGGCAAGAUAUGCCAUUAAGUGCGUGCGUAAACGAAGCGGCAGAAAACAGGCUUCUUUUUUAAAGCGCAGCGAAACCGAAUUUCAUGUCUGGCGGGAAACUGGAAGUCAUCCAAAUAUCAUAUCACUUAUCGCAGCAUUUCAAACCCGAAGCGCCUUUUGUUUUGUCAUGGACUUUGUAUCGACCGGUAGCCUUAGUCUACUACUAUCGCGACAGGAUAAGCCUCUAAGAGAAGAUGAAAUUAAGCGUAUGGCAUCGCAGUUGGCCCACGCCUUGUACACUGUUCACCGGCUAGGAUUUCUUCAUCGCGACGUCAGUUGCUCCAAUGUUCUCGUUACAGCAAAACACAACGUGCUUUUAAUUGACUUUGGCUCAAGUGUUAUUGGUAAUACGGCCACAUCGAGGGCCGGGACGCUAGCGUACAUGGCACCCGAGGUGUUAGCAGGACGGAGUUCUGGACCCGGAGCUGACUGGUGGUCUUAUGGAAUCGUCCUUUUCGCCCUUUUCGAAGGAACCACACCUAUGCACAUUUAUGCCAAUAGGUGUAAGAUAGAUCUGCGAAAGCUCAGCCUAAGAAGCAGGUUUUCUGUAAUGAAGCGUGUGAGCGUCCCGAUUAGCCCAUUGCUCCACAUGGACAAGAGAAACCUGCUUAAGGACUUCUUGCGCGAAGAGCCCAAGGUCCGACUUGGUGUUCGGCGUAAACAGGACUUUAACCUUAUUAAACAACAUGCGUACUUCGCCAAUGUUAAUUGGAGACCCAUGGACGAAGCUUUAGACAAGAUACUUCGCCGUAAAUACAAUCUUCCAAUGGAAAAUGAGGAUGAGCCCGUGUCAAGGACAAAAACUAUAUGACAAGAAUGUACCCUGCAAAAAGAAACUGCAGGAGAUCUCUGACCGACUGUACUAUAUUUAUUUAUAAUCAAAACAGUAAUUCGUAAUUCGCAAGCCUGACUAAUAGCGACAUUGUAGUAGUUGUGUAUAAAAUGAUGUAGUGAUGCGCGGG